GCCUCGCGAGAGCGUACGAGUGUCGGCUGCGGCUUACUUUCUUUCGGUUACUUUGAGCCGAGUUUUCUGUUGUUUUCCCUUGUAAUUAGUGCUUUUCAACCGUCGUUUUACGUUACUCUUCCGUCGGUUUGUCGGUGGUAAACAUUCGGUUUUCGGUUUCUCUUCCCCAGCUCCAAAAUCGUGGUGUGAUUGUUUCGACAGAGGUUAGGACUCGCCUCUUCGGGAAAAGGAAAAGCCGUCCACUUUCGUUGUCGUAAAUAUUGAUAUCGGCUCUCUACGGAGCACCUUCGUUUCUAAUGUUUUUCCGACCUAAUUAUCUGUAUUAUCGCGUGUGAUUAUUGUGUUUGGUGUUGUGAGAAAGUUGUCCUCGUUUGGCGCUUAACCCACAAAUCCUUGGUUCCGGUUGUUUUGGUUCGGUGUCAAGUGCAUUUUUCAGUAAAUGAAAACUCACAAGUGUAAUGGCAACUUUAGGGUUAUCCAAGGUGUUCAUAUUGGACAAGUACUUCACUGAGCUGCAAAAGUUUUGGGAGACGGAGAAGAAAUUGCAAGAUGCUUCCUCGUCAAACGAGGCGGUGCGGCUGCAGCAGACUCUGCGAAGCCUGAGCUCGGAGUUGGUGACGUUGCGAAACCGGUUGCACGUCCAGGCGGCGCCACCCGUCGCGGGAACGGGAACCGGCACGGGCACGGGCACCCCGGCGGCCCCCUUACCACUCGCCAACGGCACGAAGCAACCCCAGGGCAUGAUCGGCGCCCCGCUCAACCAUAGCCUCAUCGCGCCCGUCGUCCCCAAGCACCCACUUACCAUUUCUCACACCCUAUCCGCCCCUGGCACCGGCGGACAGGCCACAGACUCGCUGAAGAAGCGAAAUUCGUCAGGCGGAGCGAUGGAGGGCGACAUGGGCGCCCCUGCGGCGGCGGCGCCUCCCACGCCCGCCGCCCCCGUCUCGACGGCCACGGGCACCGCGCCCGGCGACAAGUUUCCCAAGGGCACGAUGCGCCCCUCCCACGGUAGCCCUCACCUCGACGACCUCAUCUACCUACCCGGGCCCCUCACCGAGGACGCCGUCCUCAAAUGCCUCCACGCCAGAUUCGCAACCGCACAGUUUUUCACGAAUAUGGGCCCCAUUCUACUGUCGAUCAACCCGUACACAGACGUAGGGAACCCACUCACGCUGACGAGCAUGCGCGGGGUGACGCUGAGCGCGUCGCUUCUCAAAGUCGUCCAGGACGCCGUGCGUCAGCAGUCGGAGACCGGCUACCCCCAAGCCAUCAUCCUCUCAGGUACCAGUGGAAGUGGAAAGACAUAUUGCUCCAUGCUAUUAUUAAGGCAAUUGUUUGAUGUCGCUGGAGGGGGCCCAGAAACUGAUGCCUUCAAGCAUCUUGCUGCUGCUUUCACUGUCCUCCGCUCACUCGGAUCUGCCAAAACCACCUCCAACUCGGAAUCUAGUCGCAUUGGUCAUUUUAUAGAAGUUCAAGUCACUGAUGGAGCGUUGUACCGCACAAAAAUUCAUUGUUAUUUUUUGGACCAAACUCGAGUUAUUCGUCCUCUACCAAAUGAGAAAAACUAUCACAUUUUCUAUCAGAUGCUUGCCGGUUUAACGCCAGAAGAAAGAGUUAAAUUGAACUUGGAGGGCUAUUCUCCCCUGAAUUUAUUUUACCUGCAGAAUGGAGAUACCUAUCAAGAUGAGGCUGAAGAUGCUGCAAGAUUUCUGGCAUGGAAAGCUUGUUUAGGUGUUCUGGGAAUUCCAUUCUUGGAUGUUGUCAGAGUUCUAGCUGCAGUUUUACUUUUGGGUAAUAUGCAGUUUGUUGACAAAGUUCCUGGACCUAAUGGAACGGUAGGGGAAGUGAUAGUGAAUGGUGAAGCAGAGCUGACUGCAGUAGCUGGUUUGUUGGGCGUCACAGCAUCAGCACUAUUCAGAGGUAUUACAACUCGCACUCACAAUGCCAGAGGCCAGCUGGUGAAAUCCCUUUGUGAUGCUAACAUGUCAAACAUGAUUCGUGAUUCUCUAGCAAAAGCUCUGUACUGUCGCACAGUUGCAACAAUUGUGCGACGAGCGAAUAGUCUGAAACGUCUGGGAUCAACUUUAGGAACGCUGAGUAGUGACUCAAAUGAAUCUGUUCACAACCAAGCUGAUGUUGCCAGUCAGCAUGCAUCAACUGUUGGUACUGCGGGAUCCAAGUCUAGUAAAUCAAUGGCGGCUCUCAACAAUGCAGUGCGGCAUGCCACAGACGGGUCAAUCGGCAUCCUUGACAUGUUCGGAUUUGAAGAACCCAAACCAAGUCAAUUGGAGCACCUUUGCAUCAAUUUGUGUGCAGAAACAAUGCAGCAUUUUUACAACACUCAUAUCUUCAAAUCUAGCAUCGAGUCAUGCCGAGACGAAGGCAUUCAUAGUGAUGUUGAAGUUGACUAUACUGACAAUGUUCCGUGCAUUGAUCUGAUUUCUUCUUUGAGAACUGGUUUGUUGAGUAUGUUAGAUGUUGAAUGCUCAAUUCGUGGUUCCGCUGAGUCCUAUAUUGCCAAAGUCAAAGCUCAACAUAGACAUAAUUCACGCUUGUACGAACCAAAACCUCUGGAGCCCAGAUCCUUUGGAAUCCAGCACUUUGCAGGACGAGUGGUUUAUGAUGCAACAAAUUUCUUAGAUACUAACAAAGAUGUGGUACCAGAUGACCUUGUUGCUGUGUUUCAUAAACAAACAUGUAGCUUUGGUUUUGCAACACACCUAUUUGGCAGCGAAUUAAAAGCACUUUUUUCUUUGGAAACAGUUCCAAGAGGAGUUAGCUUCCGCAUUUCUCCCACUUCGCAUUCUGAUUUGUUAAAUGGUGAUGAGCCUGUUUCAACUUUGACUCAAGACUUUCACACUCGCUUAGAUAAUUUACUACGUUCAUUAGUUCAUGCACGACCUCACUUUGUACGCUGUGUUAAGGCAAAUUCUGCAGAGAGCCCUGCAAGAUUUGAUCGUAGUACUGUCAUGAGGCAAAUUCGUUCCUUGCAAGUUCUAGAAACAGUUAAUUUAAUGGUUGGAGGAUUCCCCCACAGAAUGAGAUUUAAGGCAUUCAAUUCACGGUAUAGGCUGUUAGCACCAUUCACACAAUUGCGCCGGUCCGAAGAAGGAGCAAUAGAAGACUGUCAACUAAUUUUACAUCGACUGGAGGAGAAACAGCAACUGAAACAGUUGCAGUCUGAAGUGUCCGUUUCAUGGGCCUUCGGCAAAAGGCACAUAUUCUUAAGCGAAGGUUUAAGACAGCAGUUAGAGACAUUGAGAACAAAUACUAGGCAACAUGCAGCUACCUUAAUUCAGACAAAAUGGCGAGGUUGGCAUCUGAGGAAACGCUGGCCAGCCCUGAAAAGAUCGCUUGAACUACAACAUCCUACUGGCAACGUUGGAGGAGGAACAACUGGCAUUUCAGGAAGGUCUGGUAACGCAUCAAACAGUGGAAACACAACUGCAACUUUGAGUCGACCGCGGCCACAGCCCAUUGCAGGCACUCCACCCCCAGACCCUAAUGAAAAGUGUGAUCAAAAGAUGAUACAACAGACUUGCACUUUGUUUGGACUUGACUUGGAACGACCUCCACCUGUUCCGCCUAGUCGACCGUAUACAGUCGCAGGAAACACGAAACUAGGAUACCCUCAGACCAGAGUAAUGAAGAUGCCCUUCCCAGAGGAUGGAAAUGGCGAAGUUUCACUGAUGAAAGGAGACACGGUUGUUGUAGUAGGUGCUUCAAACCGGCGAGGACACUUAGUAGUAGAACACAGUAAUACUAGUUUACAUGUUCCUUUCCAGUUUCUUGAACUGAAACCCAGUCCAGUGGCUAUCUGAACUGUUGAAAAUGGCAACUUAAGUAUCCUAAGUAGCACGGUGCGAUGAACAUAUUGAAUUAAUUUAACAAUUUAAUGAAAGAACAUUUUAAUUUUUUUACCAUGGAAUUGCAAUAUUUUUACAUUAUGCAGUUGAUAAGUGCCAAACUUAAAUUAUCAUAACAAAAUGAGUUUCAUGUGUGAGAGAGGUAGGUAACUGAUAAUGCUGAAAAAAUUGUUACUUAUUUAAAUUUGAUUGCAUUAAAUUUAAGUAAGAGGAGCCCCUCUAAUUAGAAGGUACACAACAUACACAACACUCUAGUAUAAUUAGAGUGUAGCUGAAUAAGUUUUAGCACUUAGACUGCGACAAAAGAUCUGUCACCUUGAUUCUUGCAUUUACUUUUGAUGUUAAACUGAAGAUAGCUGAUCCUCAGUUGCACUCGUAACUUGCAUAUAUAUAUAUAUUUGGCAAGGACUCUACCCUAGUGGAAGUCGACCUCGUGCGGCAGGAGGUGGACCAUGGUCUAUGUCCCGCACCUCGCGUGAGACCAUGCAGAGGAAAGCGAAACAAAGGCAUAGUUUUGGGAAUCCCGUCUUUUGCAGGCGGUCACUCAUGGUCGCUUGAGGUGAUGGGAACUCACCUUCUGCUGCAUGGGGUCAAUACCUACUCUCUGUGCGAGGUGGAUUUCCACUAGGUUAGCAUGAAUUUUACUGCUUAAUAGCAAUUUAUUGUAACUUUUGCUAUUUGGGAUGUUGGAGUUUUUUGCUACCUCAAAUGAAUAUUGAGUUAAAUUUCUUAUGCUCAGAUUUUACCAAAAAGCAAAGUAUGAAAUUUUUGUAAACUUUUAAAUUAGAUCCACAAAGCUGUAUGUAUUGUUAUAAUUGUUUCAUCACCACUUUAAUUUUGAAUGGGUUGAUUUGGUAUAGGUAUUGAUCAUCAUACAAUUUUCAAGACCAAUUUUUACGUAAAGAAUUCUCAAUUUAAAAACAUUCUGCAGUACAUUAAAUACUACCAUUGUAAACUUGAAAUCGUCAAGUUUAAGAUAACUCAUUAGGCCAAAGCAAGCCUCCAAAAGCAAAAUCAAGAAGUAAGACAAUUUGUCACACUUGAACCUCAUUACAAAGGCAUUGUGUAAGCCUAGACUUUGCAAAAUGACACUGAGCUGUGGCUACUUGAAUUUCAUUCACCUGGUGUACCAAUGGACAAGUGUGAAAUUGCAAUACCUAUUGUAAAUUGCUUCUUCUAAGAAUUUUUCUCCUAAAACUUUUCUACUCUAGGUGGUGAGUGGGUAAUCUACUAUCAUCAUGCAGCAUUUUUGGGAGUGGGAAAACUAUUCAACAAUAUCUCAUCUAAAAUGGUUUACAUUCAUAAUAGGAAACGAUGAGAAAUUAAUAAUUUGUUACUCUUGUUUUUCAAAAAAAUAUAUACAUUUUUCCAUCUCUUGUGGCAAUCCAAGUCCAUUUGACAAAAGUAUCUCGCUUUUCUGCGUUCUUAGGAUGAGGUGGGUUAGUAGCGUCUCUCUUCUAGUGCUCCAUGAGGUGGCUGCCGAUAAACUGUAAAUUUGAUGUUAAGUACUUUAUGUAGGACCCUAAUUUUAAAAUUAUGAAUCAAAUGUACGUGGAUCUACUUUAAAUUAAGCAAGGUAUCAUAUUGAAAAACUCAUAAUUGUCCUGUUAGUUGUGGAACUUGAUUGAAAAACCGUCGCUCCUCUGACGUGAGAUUGUAUCUAUAUUUUUAUGUUAGCCCUUUGAUCCAUGCUUUCCAAAGCUCAUAUGGAAAUUAAGCUACUUUUUUUUGUCCGAAGAGCGACAAAAUGUGUCUCAGUUAAUUUUUGUACUAAUCUUUAACUGGUAUCACAGUAUUAACACUCCGAACUAAACUUGUAAAUUUGAUUAUUCUACCCGUGAUCAAUUAGUCAGAAAUUAAUUUUGUCUCUUUCAGAACCAUUCCCUGUUAUCCUGUGUUUUGUUAUCUGUACAGUUGUCCUUUAAUAGAUUUAUUUUGUUCAAAGCAACAAAAUGUUUCUGCUUUUCUUGGUUUUUUAACUCAGUUCUCAACAGCCAAAGAGAGAACCACGUUCAGUCGUUCAAGUUCACGACUGGAGCAGUGUUCCUGUCAUGGAUUGGGAACACAGCACAAAAACAACUUGCCUCUAAGCCUGUUGCAAUUCUUGUACAACAUUGUUGCUUCAGGAGUUUACAAAUUUUGCGCAUGAGAAUGAGCCCUGUCCCCACAAUGCAAAACAAUUUUGAACAAAAUGCGUUGCUUGUUCUCAGCAACUAUUGUGAGCGUUGCUUGCAGAAGAAAAUCGUCCUAUCCUUUUUUUCUUUCACUGUUCCUUUAUUAUGGACAUAACAUCCCUCGAAUACAUUACCUGAAACUGGAAUUGUGGGCCUCCUAAGGAAGUGCAACUUCAUCAAUCGAGUUAUGCCAACCAUUGGUGAAAAUGUCCAUGACUUUCUGUUCUUAUUGGUUUUCAAUACAGUUCUUAUAACAGGAACACUUAUCAGUCAGAUAAUACUCUACAGAGUCAAUUAAUCUGCUGUAUGUACACUUCAAAGAGACAAAUUAACUCUAAUCUUUGCAAAAUACAAAAUAUACUACAUUGACAUUUUUACAUUUCAAUCAAAGUAAAAUGAGAGGAAAAGACUUUUUUAUUUGGAUAUUAUGUAGUGUGACUGUUCUUCGGUUUGAUUUGAGUGUACUUAUUUCUGUGUUAUAUUUGGCCAUAAUUGUUGUGGUUGAAGAACAGGGUAUUUUUCAAUUCAAAAAAUAUUAAAGAAUGACACAAAUAUUCUCUCGAAGAGAAACUCUGAUGUAUGUAACUUGGAUUAUUUCAAACAAUUUGUAAAUACUACCAUGUAUUUUAGCAUAUCAAGAUGUUAUCCUAGUUUUUAUUUAUAUAUCUGUUGUUUUUAUUGUUAUGUUAUUGCUGUGUACAUUGCUGUUUCUAGACUGAUUAAUGUUAAACACAAAUCAAAGAAAAGUUGAACAGAUGAAUCGCUGACACCUAUCAUUGUUUUAUCACGCAUCUUUUAUUUGGUGCAAAGCUUCUCUUUUGCAAAUCAUCCUUGUCCAAUCAACAAAAUUGAGAGUAAACUAAUAGGUAGAUGAGCUCCAAUUUACUGUAAUCAUCAGUCAAGGUUUAAGUCUCUGGUGAAUCUUCAGUUGAAAUAAUCAUUUUGUUGAUAAAUUUGUUUUCUCAGUUUUGAUAAAUGUAGUCUUUUCUGAAUAUAAAUUUUUUUGGUCAACUUAAAUGACGGUUGGUUCAUUGAAUUUUCAAAUGACUUUCUCAUUAGGGAAACAGAACUUUAAAAAAAUUGACAAAAACAUUUUUGUACCCAAUUGAUCAUCAGAAAAUGAAGUUUUGGUUUUUAAUCGGAAUUGGCAUUACAUUUUAUCGGUACCUACCUUCUUCUCUACUUUCCUCUGAAUUAUGUUAAGAAAGUGGAGAUUUGCUCGUUUAUCAAAUCAUCCCAACAUUUGAGGAACGUAAAUGUAACUCAUCAAAUUGAUUCAGAAAACAUUAUUGCGUGACUUUGGGAAAUGUUGCUCUAGUUCAAUUUCAUUCUAAUAUUUCUUAUGAUGCAAUUUUAAAUUAUUCAUUAUCCCAGUUAAAACUGCACUCCCUUUUAACAAGAAUUGAGACCUCUGAAACUUGAAUCACUUCCUCUGUAACUCAAAUAUCUUCCGCUGCUGAUUUGAUCAACUGCCUAAUUUUCCCUUUUAAAAGACAGACUUUAUAGCCAGAACUGGAAUGAACUAACGGAGGAACUAUAAAAAUGCAUUUUCGUUUUUAUUUUAACGCAUAUCCUAGAGCAAGAAGAAAAAUCCCUGACAACUUAUACUGAUGAAUCAACCAAUGUCAAUAAUUUUGCAACUUCGUCUCUACUGGCUUGCCAAAGGUGUUUUUAUCAAUAAUAUUUUGUCUCUAUAAAAAGAGGAGUUUAUUUCAAGUAAAUUAUGAAUCUUGUAGUCACCCUUUAAUUUUUGUAAAAAGUUUUCUCUUGGAUGAAUUGAAUUCGUCCAAAUUACGAUGCCAUUUUUAAACGUAAGUUGAAAGUUUUGUGAAAUUUAUUAGAAAUAUUACUUAAAUGGAAUUUUUCAAUAGGUUAGUUUCAUCCAUUAUACAAUGUAAGCUAGGAAAAAGUGAGGCCUUAUUUUUCUGUUUUACAUCACUUGAACAAAGGAAUUCCACCCCUUUAAAAGUGGGUAAAAGCAUGUACAUAAUGGCGUUAUCUCUUCUAUACUGCUGCGGCGAAAUUACAUGAAUUGUUAUUCUUUGUUUGACUUCUCCAGGGAUAUCUGUUUCUUGUCACCACAGACAUGCCCUAGAGAAAGGUUAAUUUUUUUUUUCUUCUUCUUCUAAUCGACUUCUUAGAGGCAAAAUUCUGUUAAUGCCAACGUUUUGUAUGUACACGCAUUUCUACCUCAGGGUUGUAACAAUUGUUCUAAUCUGAAUAAUUAUAAUGGUAAUAGCAUAGCAAUGAAAAAAAUUCUGUUAUAAAUUGCUUGUUAACACUGACAGAAAGUCAAUUGUUUUCACAUAACAGGGUGACAAUUUCUUGAAAAAAAAGAGAAAACAUGGAAGAGUCAGGGAAUUUCGCUCAACCCUGAAAAAAUCAGUGAAUUUCGCUGAGAAACCUUGAAGUUCUUUCUGCAGGCCAAAACAUUUGGUUUUUUACAAUUUUAAGAGAUUUUGUGCCCAACAAAUAAAUGGUUAAAAGCAUUCUUGUGAGAAAUCAUGUGCGAAAAAUCAGGGAAUUUUGCAAUUUAAAAAACUUUUCACCAUGCAUGAUUCUAUCUAGAGGAAGAUAAAAUUCUUUGCUGUAGGAACCAUGAAGUCUAUCUGGAAAAAUUAUAAUACUUUAGAACUACAGCACAUGUACUGGACAAGCAAUGCUACUUUGUGCAAUGGUUAACAGGCAUGAAGAAAAAUGAUUUUAGUAAAGAAACAGGUGAGGAAACUGUCAGUAAGUGGGCGAGUGUACCUCUAUCUAAGAUGUCUUUUAUUUUGACCUAUAUUUUGGUUGCUAUUUAUCCAUUCAUCUGUACUAAUGUAACCCUGAGGAAACCUGGAACCACUGUUAAAUGAAUAUCCUUUUAAAUAUUUAAUGAAAUCUUCACUGAAUCUUCAAUGAAAUUUAGAAUCAGGUAAAGCCAGUAGUCCAUUUUUAACCCUUCAAGAAAGCCCAUCCUCGCAAAGUCAAGAUAGUAUCGCAGGUCAGCAGCCGGAUUGUUGAAACUUUAACUAGCCAUGCCGGCACGAUAAGACGAGACAUAGCCCUAUCUGUGCCGUGUAAUACAUCGAUUUUUGAUUCUUGUCAUGCCGACAUGAAUUUCAACAAUCAGGCUGCAGAUGAAGAUUUCAAUUUUAUGAAGAAAGACAAUUCACAUGCUAGAAACCAUGCAUGCUUUCAAGUUAUACGCCUCAUUUUGCCUGAGCAGCUUUUGCAAUUAAUGACUGAUGAAACCGAAAGCACUGAUAGAUAUUAAGACCUGAUAAAAUGCUCACUUAAUUUUAGUUUAGAAAAAUGAAGUAGGUAAUUGUUACAUGUACAUAUCAAUUUGAUUAGUUUCUAAGUGAAUCAAGUCCAACAAUGUCUAAAAAUUGAGUUUUUUUGUAUUUAUAGAAUUUUUAAAAUUUUAUGUAAUUUAUCAAGUUUACAAGGAGCACACUUGUGCUCCACUGGAUUUUAUUGUAUACUUUUUAACAAUUAAAAGUUUUUAGAUACAAA